CAAUUGGCAGUACAGCACACACAUCUUUGAAGGGCAUUUUUCAUGUUACUUGUGCUUCUAGGGAUCCUUGGUCGACGUGUACACCACGCCGACGUCGAUGAAAAAUCUCGACACCCUGGCGGAGCUGGACGCGAGCGGGCUCAGCAUCACCGUCACCGCGCCCGCCCUCAUCGUGGACGUGUUCGGUACCGAGCGGCCGGGCAGCACGCUCGGCAACCUGAAGCGGCGGCUCGUCAUCGAGACGGCGACGAACCGGUCGGCCGCGUACGGUGUGCUGGGCGGCCGCACCGCCGGUCUCAUCCGCAACCAGGACUUUGUGCGCCUGUCCACCAAGUACCUGGGGCGGGACGGCACCCCGCGCCUCCACCGGAUGCGCCAGUGUCCCCGCAGCUACACGCUCGCCUACCUCUACCCGCGCGGGUCGCCCCUGUACCGGGCGGCGAACGACCACACGCUCCACUUCCUGCAGCACGGGCUGUACGCGAAAUGGCAGCGCGAGGCCGCCCACAUCGUCCGGGCGAACCGGGCACUGAAGGUGCAGCGGUACGCGGUGCAGGCGGGCCGGACGGCCGGCCAGGCGGUGACGCUCCGGCUGGACCAUCUGCUCCUGCCGUUCAUGGUGCUCGGGGCCGGGUUCGCGCUCGGUGUCGUUUGCUUCGCGUGGGAGUGCCGUGCCUUGCUGACGGCGGCAGUGGCAGUCCGCAAUCAGCGGUAAUGGCAAUCGCUCCACCUCGAGGACGGGUGUCGCAGGGGGGAGUGGGUUUGUGGAUUGUUGCACGUUCGCUUUGGUUUUAUGCGCGUAAUGGCUGCUGCCGCACGCGUGUCGCGUGGGCCAUGCGGCAAUGGAUUCCCAUGAUUCCCAUCUCCUGCUAUCGGAAUGGGGAGGGUGGGGAAAGGAGAUGGCAGGAGGGGAAGAAGGAGGUCGAAGGGGUUCAAAAGCCACUCGCCAGUGCAGCUGGCCAUCGUUUGACAGCGUCCGAAACACGGACGCGCCACGCCCGGAAGUGAAUUCUGGUGAAAAAUUGAUUUUCAUCCUGGUCACGGCACCAAACCAAAAAAUUGCUUUGCUCGAAAUCAAUAAAAUCAAAACCCACACGUCUGUCCCCCGCACGCCACUACUACUUCAUGCAGCCGAAAAAAGAAGCAGUCGUUAAACGUAAACGAGCCCAUUAUUGGGCAAUAAAUUCAGUCGCCGACUCGCAUUAGAGCGACACUUCUUUUCUGGGAAGAACACCUGGAAAGCACACCCAUCGGCAGCAAACCGGGCCUGUCGGAUCCUGUUGUGUGCUCCGUCCAUCUGUCACAGCGUGUCGUACCGGCAGCGUUUCAUUAAGCAUUCAUGUGCACCGGCACCACCACCGGUUUGAUGGUCGCUGUCCAACGACGGACCAUUGGUCCGGGACGCACAAACCCAGCGGCGUGCUAUUUUUGCACCGAGAGUUUCAUGUUCGUGUUGGCGCGCGUGUUCGCCCGCUGGAGAGGAGCGCUGAGAUUUGUUCCUUCCCGUAAUUAUGCCGCAGUCAACAUUUAUGAACCGUUCAAACCGGCUCCAUCUCCUAUCGAUUUCGGCGCAUGUGUGUGAUGCCGUCCACCUCGGCCGGCUGGCAGACGGCUGGGUGAAAACGGUUUUGAUUGACAAUUUUCGGUUGCGCUGGAAUUGCUGAGUAACGACGGUGUCACACGAUCCAGCCCUGCCUGCGUCGCGUAUGAAUAAAUAAAGAAAUUCCUGUCGCCUAUCGUCAUCGCCCUGCCUUCACUCACACACACACACACGCUUUCGCCUUGCCUAUUACUGGCACUGACACCCAGUAAUGUGGGAAGCUAACGUAUCACUCCGUUUGCGCUCCUGAUGGAAUUAAUUAUGAACCUGCCGUACUGUGCUCGUUCGACCCCGCUGUGCGUAGGGGUUCAAAGGCAGGUUCGAGUUCGCGUUCUUGCUGCGUUAUCGGGUAAAAAGGUAAUCCAUCCGUAUCGCACGCCACCCUCCCGCCAUAGUACUGCGACAUCACGCCGCUCCCAUUCCAGCCGAUUGUAGUUGAUGGCUUUUCGCUCGACACUCUCGAGAUAUCGACACCGAGUCGAGGCGUUUCGCGAAUUGCGAUUAAUUAUCCACCCGCUCGCACUCCUCUCGCACGCUGCCAUCAGUGCCGCGUGUACUAUCAAUUGCGUGUACGGCAGCCGCGCCCGCCCCUGCAAGGUAGGCUACGCGCAUUGCAACUCGAAACUUUCGGUACAAGCGGUGUGCAAACUAAUUUCGCACUACGCAAGCAAAC